UGACAGAGCAACUUCAUCUACUAUAACUACAGCAACCUGACAGAGCAACUGCAUCUACUAUAACUACAGCAACCUGACAGAGCAACUGCAUCUACUAUAACUACAGCAACCUGACAGAGCAACUGCAUCUACUAUAACUACAGCAACCUGACAGAGCAACUGCAUCUACUAUAACUACAGCAACCUGACAGAGCAACUGCAUCUACUAUAACUACAGCAACCUGACAGAGCAACUUCAUCUACUAUAACUACAGCAACCUGACAGAGCAACUUCAUCUAUAGCAACUCCAAGUAAGGCAACUGCAACUACUAUAACUACAGCAACCUGACAGAACAACUGGAUCUACUAUAUCUGCAGCAACAUGACAGAGCAACUGCAUCUAUAGCAACUACAAGUAAGGCAACUGCAACUAGCCCCCAGACUGUUCAUGUUUGAUGACAUUUAUGUUGUUUCAGCCUGACAGCUCAGCCAGAAACAGAAGCUGCUGCUAAAGCAACCAAAACUGCAGUGUUGUUGCAAUUAAAAGUGAGGGAGAAGCAACUUAAACCCCAGCAACUACAAUUGCUGCCACUUCACUAGCUGCAACCAAAACCACAGGAACUAAAGUACAAACUACUAUGAUAAACUUCAGCAACUAAGGCUACAGGAACUGACGCUACAGCAACCUAAACUACUGCAACUAAAGCUGGAGCAACUUGCCACCAUGCUGCUAUGGUUAGAGGGGAAUACAGAAACUACAAGCAACCAGCAACCAGACUGUUGAUGACAGAACAGCAACUCCAUCACCUCGCCUCAACCGUCCUCAUCACCAGUCAGCUGACAGGUUGAGUGAAGUCCCGCUCACCGCCGCCCUGCUUCCUGGUUCAGGUGAACACAACAGCCAAUAGAAUGAGCCUGCUGAAGGAGGCGGAGCCUGGCCGGGAGAUGGAAGCCCAGGUGCAGAGCUGGGCCCAGUCUCUGGUUUACACUCUGGAGGAGCUGGAGUGUAAAAUCUGCUACAACCGCUACGACACUCGCAGCCGCAAACCCAAAGUGCUGGGCUGCCUGCACCGAGUCUGCGCCAAGUGUUUGAAGAAGAUGGUCGACAUGGGAGAGUCUUCACCGUCUGUCAUCAGCUGUCCAUUCUGCCGCCACGAGACCAACGUCCCCGAUGAGGAGGUGUGGUUGAUGCAGGACGACCGACACAUCCUGGCUGUUCUGUCGUGUCAGGACCGAGCCCGCCGAGGAGGAGGAGGAGGAGGAGGAGGAGGAGGAGAAAAGAGAGGAGGAGGAGGAGGAGGAGGAGGAGGAGGAGGAGGAGGAGGAGUAGGAGGAGGCCGAGAGGUGGUGCUCAAUCCCAGCAGUCUGACCGGAGGAGGCGCCCCGUCUCCCUGCUCCUCAGACUGUCUGGUGAUCACCAUCAUGGAGCUCCCUGCAGACUCUCCGUCCUCUGAGUCCCUGAGCAUGGUGGAUGUGGUGGGAGUUUACCGCCCCCCCAGCCUGGACUCCCUGCCCUGCAGCUUGCCGGCUCACAAGUGUCGCGCCUGGACGUCUCGCAGCUUCCCACGCUGCCUGCUGGGGGCGCUGUGUCUGGUGUACUUCAGCUCGCUGCCUCUGGGGAUCUACCUGCUGAUGAUCGGGCGGCUGUGGCUCGGCGUGGUGCUAGUCAGUCUGGUUCCCUCCACGCUGCUGCUGCUCGUCCUCUACGGCUUCUGUCAGUGUUUGUGCCACGAGCUGAUGGAGGCGCUGGCGACACGACGGCACACAUUGCCAUGACCCAACGCAACACAUCGCCAAGACAACAACACAGCUGCCAUAGCAACAACGUACAACAACAACAAAAACAACAACUAACCAGACCGUGUUCUAAUCGGUUGGCUUGUGGACUACAGCUCUGAAGCCUGGAGCUCAGCGCUUUCACUGUGGCCGUCUUGAUCUUUUAGUUGUCCGCCUCUCAGCGCUAAUGCUUAACUGAUAUUGAUGAGGUGUAACAGAAACUGUGCAAGGGUUAAAGUCGUAAGAUGGAAACAUGAACAACACUGUGGUCAUCGCAGGUAGCCCCGCCCUAAAGCAUACGCUGCUUAAUCGUCUAUAUCACUCUAAACGGGACCAUCUUUCACUCCAUGAACAUCUGGCUGUGUAGGAAGACUGGAAACUAGAGACUGAAAGAUAAACUCACAGGAAAAAUGAAGAGGAGAAGGAACAUUUCCUCAUAGACUUCUAUACAAUCUGACAUUAGAGAUAAAGCAGGCUCAUGCCGGCUGACACAUCACACACUCCCCCGCCCGCCUCCAAACACCAGCAUUAACCACGCCCCCUGUGAGGUUACAGCCAAUUGGAGCAAGACCAGGUGAUGACAGAAGCACCGAAGGGGCGGAGCCUCUCUUUUCUCUGUAUUGCACCCUGCUGGAAAAACUGCUGUUUUAUUUACCUUCAGCUGAUGUCAUAGGUGUGUUGUGAGCCAAUCAGAGAGGACAUCUGUGAGCCAAAGAGAAAGAACAUCUGUGAGCCAAUGGGAGAGGAGAACUGUGGGCCAAUCAGAUAGGAGAGCUGUGAGCCAAUCACGGAGGAGAACUUUGAGCCAAUCACAGAGGAGAACUGUGAGCUAAUCAAAGAGGACAACGGUGUACUCAUUGUUCAGGAGAUCUUUGAGCCAAUCACAGAGGAGAACUGUGAGCCAAUCACAGAGGAGAACUGUGAGCCAAUCACAGAGGAGAACUGUGAGCUAAUCAAAGAGGACAACAGUGUACUCAUUGUUCAGGAGAGCUGAGAGCCAAUCAAAGAGGACAACAGUGUACUCAUUGUUCAGGAGAGCUGAGAGCCAAUCAGAAAGGACAUCUUUGAGCCAAUCACAGAGAAGAGCUGUGGGCCAAUGAGAAAGGAGAACUGAGAGCCAAUCAGAAAGCUGUUUAAUAUAUGAUUCUCUGACUGACAUUUCUUAAAUCCUCUUUUUCUCCAGAGCUUUCAAUAAUAAAGAUUCUGUGCAGUUAUGAUUCAGCUGGAAAAUGGAAAUAAAAUAUAAAAAUAAAUACAACGUUUUAAUGCUAAGCUAACAAGUGGACAGUGAGGGGAACCUGCGAAGGGUCUGCUUCAAUAAACGGAAAUAUAUUUAUUAAUAUGAAUCAUACUUCUGUAAUACCUGAGCAGCAACUGUUUAUACAUAAUGUAUGUCACAGUGCAUCAGGAACAGUAGUGAUCUCCAUGGUCGUUUGUCUUCUGGUGUCCUCUGGUGUCUUCUGGUGUCCUGUUAUUAAUCUAACUGAGCGCUUAGAGAGACUUCUUGUCUGUAAACACCUGACGCACGCCAUCUGUGCAGGUGAGCUCCUGACAGACAGAGCUGAGGGUUAAACGAAGAACCUCCUGGGAAGACCUCAGCUGUUAAUUAAAACCUGACAAUCCCCAGAGGAGAAGAAGAGUGUUGUUAGAAACCUGCCCGACACCCCAGAAGAAGAAG